AUGAUUUGGGAAGGCUCAAAGAGGAAUCAACUGAUUCUUGGAACCCCAUUCCUUGCUACAGCUGGAGCGGUCCUAAACUACUUUGGGAAUCAUCUAUCUUUUGGCCACAUCCGGCAAGAUAUCUUUUUCCCAAGUGUAAAUUUCAGGUCAGUGCCAAGUGCGACCAAGCUACCACCAGAAGAAGCCACUCUCACGCCUAAGAAAGAAGCUAUGCUGCAUGGAGAAAGAAGAGAGAGUGAGCGCUACCCAAAACCAAAGGAGAAGAAGAAAACAUUGGAGCCGAGGCAUGAAAAUGUCUUUAAGGAAAUCAACUCCAUCUUACUUCCAACCUUCCAAAAUUUCUUUAUGUGUAUUUUGUAG